AUGUCACCUCCACCCUCGGAUGGAGCUCUUCAGCCUCAGCCUGCACCCGAGCCUGCCGCUCAAUCUGUUCAGCCUACAACUCCUCUUGUAGCUCAAUCUGCAGCUGAGCUUGUAGCUGAGAUCGCUGCUGCUCAUCCUGCUGCUCAGCCUACUCAGCUUGAAGUCCAGCCUGUAACCCAACCUGCAAUUCAUGGCGAUGUCAUGAAUCCUGCUCGGGCGCAGAUGCUUGCUCAGGUCGCCCAAGGAACAACUAGUCCGUCACCACCACCAGAUCCCAAGAUCGAGGGGGAACGUCGGGUUGGUCCUCUCAAAUCUGGUGCAAACUGCAGUGAAUUGGGCGAUCCUUCUCGGCGCAUCUCUCGGGCCUCCCAGCAGCCCGAAGAUUCGCGAGCGGCCUCUGUUUUUAGGUCAGACGUGAGCCUCUCGCGCCCACGAAAGACCGUGAACUUUGCUAGGCUGCCAAAGCGUCCCUCAAGCAUGCUGAUCAAGGAGGAGGAAGAUGUGAAAGAAAAGAAGCCGAGGCUCAGUUCGCGCUACUACACAGACAUUCAGUCACUUGGUCCAGCUCCUCAUCCAGACGAGCACACACGAUACCUCACAUCCCUCCUCCGUAACCGAAAGCUGUUCCUCACUCUACAGCGUCUCCCGAAGAAGGAUGACGACUUGAUCGAGCCCAAGACUUACGAGUUUCGCAUCUCCCAAGCGGGACUGGUGCAGCAUGAGAAAUUCUCUAUCAUUGCCCACACUCGAGCUCUUCCACUGGUUCCGCAAGGCUCGGCCGAUGGAAACAUCUCGCAGACCAUCGUUGGUGAGCUGCUUGAGGACGUCUGGCCAAAUUUGUCCAGGCAGGAAAAGUAUCAGUACGCUCGUCAGCUUCGCAAUAUACUUCAAAAGUUGCGAUCCAAUGACAGAGCUUCAAACAGGAACUUUGGGUCGAUCCAGGCGGGACCAUACAGUCUCAUAGUUGACAACCACCCGAGCCACACCUACUACGCUGUGAGGGUUCGACCAAGCCAGGAGGAGUUCAUGGCACUGCUAACAUCCACACUGUAUUCCUCGGUUCCCAAGCAGGUGGGUAAAGCUCUUGUGAAGCAAUUCCGCAGGGACUAUCCAUGCGUCCUCACGCAUGGGGACCUUUGCCCCAGAAACAUCAUCGUCUCCAACCACACAAUCACAUGGAUCCUCGGUUGGGACUGUGCAGGAUACUAUCCUGUGUGGUGGGAGUACGCGCGAUUCUUUGAGGCGAGAACCAGCGAGGGCAACAGCGAUUGGUAUGAAUAUGCCGAGGAGAUCUUUGUCGAUGAGUAUCCGACAGAGCUGGCGGCCUACCAGGGCAUCGCCAGAUGCCAGCAGCCUUGA